UUGACAGAUCCCAUUUUACGCACAGGCACUGGGAAAAGUCUUACUGCAGCUUGAACUACAAACUUACACUUUAAUAUAACAGUGAACCCAUCACAGUGACUUUGACAAGAUGACCAUAUUGAAAUGGCUGUUUUUCACUGUUAUAUUUGUGCAAUGGCUUUCUUCUUCAUCAGGAAAACAAUUUUACAAGAAUUCACAACUCAGGCAGGACUCAGUUAUUACCAAUCAGGGGAAUGUACUGUUCAAUGAAGAAGUGAAAUUGCAACCAAGGUCUAAGAGAGAGACAGCCCUCAGUGUGGACCAAGAUUCCAGCAUGCUUUUCCAGCCUGCCGACGCCCCAGAUGACUCCCCCCCAGCUGCGGAGGAUGCCUCUGAGCUUCCGACCUGCCUUCUCUGUGUGUGCCUGACUGGCUCGGUGUACUGUGAAGAGGUUGUCCCAGAAAUGACCGCAGUGCCCACCUUGCCUAAGGAGACAGCCUACUUCUAUGCUCGCUAUAACAAGAUAAAAAAGAUCACUGCAAAAGAUUUUGCAGACACUGUCACUCUGAGAAGAAUCGACUUGACUGGAAACAUGAUAUCUGAUAUUGAAGAUGGAGCCUUCUCAAAACUGGCAAUGCUCGAGGAGCUCUCAUUGGCUGAGAACAGGCUUGUUAAACUUCCAAUGCUUCCCUCCAAACUUACCUCCUUCAAUGCCAAUUUCAAUCAACUUAGCACCAAAGGUGUCAAAGCAACUGCCUUUAAGAAACUCACCAAACUGGUAAAUCUAUUCCUUGCUGACAAUAUCCUAGAGGCAAUCCCCCAGAUCCCAGAGAGUGUGCGUACAGUUCAUCUGCAGAACAACAACAUCACCACAGUUAGUGCUGACAGCUUCUGCAAGGGUAAUGACACCUAUUACAUCAGAUCCAACUUGAAUGAAGUGAGAAUGGAUGGUAACCCAGUCAUACUGGCCAAGUACCCAAACAGCUUCACCUGCCUAAAGUCACUGCCUAUUGGAAAAUACCAUUGAGCAGCCAUUUGUUAUGGAUGACAAAGAAACUUAAAGAGGUCCCGAAUAGUGCAUCUCUUAAGAGUAUCCUGAGAAAACGCCAAAACGCAUGGAUGGUGAGAGGUUAUCUCAAGUACGCAAGUGGCAAGAGUUCAUUUGUGAGUUUAAGCAAGUUGUCUUUCUCUCACACUCUUGAUUCUGUCAAUUUAGACUGGUCUUGAUACAACAAAUGAUAGAACUGUUUCAUUGAAUAUUGCUUCUGCAUAUGAAAUGACACCCUUAAAAUGCUAAGGCAAAGCUUUUGGAAAAGAAGACCAAUGUGUUAUGAAAUAUACUAAUGUGAAGGUUAUUCCUCCAGAUAUGUUGGCUUUAUUAUGGAGCAAUGACAAGUGUUCUUUUUAGCAGUCUUAACUUUCAGUCAUACCUAGUGAAUUUAUUUCAAAUCAUUAUUUGUGUGAAUAAAUCAACGCUGUACAGGAAAAACAUAUGUAACAUGGCUAUGUUUUUAGAAUAUUUUAAUAAAAUCUUUUUUUAAUUAAA